UUCCCCCACCAACACUCCAUUUUUUUUUUCAACCAUGGUCUUUUUUUUGUGUUGAUUAUUUGUUUUAAUGUCUUUCCCUUUUUCUCUAUCCAUUUCUAUUCAAACCACUUCAUUUUGCUCCUAUGGGAAGCUUCAAAUUCUUUAGGUUUUUCAGUUUCAGAACCGACCUUGACUCCCUCCCCACUUCCAACUCUGUUCAUCAAAGCCUUGUCAGCAAUGCUAAUGGUAAUACCAAUCAUCAUCACCCGGAUGGGUUCUUUUCGAAUUCUGUUUUCGGGUUUCUCCGGCGUUUUCAGUCUGGAAAGAAGAUUGAUGGGGGUUCAAAGACCGAAGAAGAAGAAAAGGUUUAUUCUUGGUUAUAUGCUUUGGCAAGAUCAGAAAGAGAUUUGGUUUUCGAGUAUGUUCGAUCCACAGAAAGAGGCUUGAGCUUUACCGAAGCUGAGAGGAGAUUGAAGGAAAAUGGCCCAAAUAUCCCUCUUGAAUAUACAUUUCCAAGUUGGUGGCAUCUUCUGUGGAACGCCUUCUUUCAUCCUUUCAACAUCAUUCUAAUUGUGUUGUCAGCACUCUCAUAUAUAACCAGUGAUAAUCCAAAUGGAUGUAUCAUGCUUGUAUUGGUUUUUAUUAGUGUCUCCCUUCGAUUCUAUCAGGAAUAUGGAAGUUCCAAAGCAGCCAUGAAACUGUCAGAAUAUGUAAGAAGUCCAGUUAAAGUUCAAAGAUGUGCAGGAAGGGUGGUUCAGACUGAAUUAAUCGUUCAAGUUGACCAAAGAGAUGUUGUUCCAGGUGACAUUGUCAUUUUCGAGCCAGGAGACCUUUUCCCUGGUGAUGUGAGACUAUUAACCUCAAAACACCUGGUUGUAAGUCAGUCCUCAUUAACAGGGGAGUCUUGGACAACUGAAAAAACAGCUGAUGUGAGAGAAGAUAGGAGCACUCCUUUGCUAGAAUUAAAGAAUAUUUGUUUCAUGGGGACAAAUGUGGUAUCAGGUAUUGGAACUGGUCUAGUUGUCUCCACUGGAUCCAAGACCUACAUAAGCACCGUGUUUUCAACUAUUGGAAAGCACAAACCACCAGAUGGUUUUGAGAAGGGUAUUCGGAAGAUAUCUUAUGUUCUUGUUGGUGUAAUGCUUCUAGUAGUCACAAUCAUGAUACUGGUAGAGUACCUUACUUUCCAUAAUUUGAGUGAGAGUACCCUUUUUGGAAUCUCGGUUGCAUGUGCUCUUACUCCUCAAAUGCUUCCCCUCAUUAUCAACACAAGCCUUGCAAAGGGAGCACUUGCUAUGGCAAGGGAAAGAUGUAUAGUCAAAAGCUUGUCUGCCAUACGAGACAUGGGAUCCAUGGAUAUCCUAUGUAUUGAUAAAACUGGGACGCUCACCAUGAACCGUGCAAUCAUGGUUAAUCAUCUGGAUAGCUGGGGUUCUCCAAAAGAAAAGGUCUUACAUUUCGCCUUCCUCAAUUCUUACUUCAAGAGUGAUCAGAAAUAUCCUCUAGAUGAUGCAAUUUUGGCAUUUGUGUACACAAAUGGAUACCGGUUCCAACCAUCCAAGUGGAGAAAGAUCGAUGAAAUCCCUUUUGAUUUUAUGAGAAGAAGGGUAUCUGUUAUUUUGGAAACAGAAUCUAAUCCAAGAGGUAGAAAUAGCCAACCCUUCUCUAGGUUCAUGAUAACCAAAGGAGCACUUGAAGAAGUGAUGAAAGUUUGUUCUUAUGUGGAACAUGUAGAUAGGGGUGAGAUAACAGCUUUCUCUGAAGAAGACCAUCCUAGGAUUUUGAAUGUGGUGGAAGAACUAAGCAAUGAGGGAUUACGGGUUAUAGGAGUUGCAAUAAAAAAUCUACAACAAACAAAAAUAAGUGAACAAAACAUGGACAAUGAGGAUGUUGUUGAAUCAGACAUGGUAUUCCUCGGUCUCGUAACAUUCUUUGACCCACCUAAGGACUCAGCAAAGCAAGCUCUAUGGCGGUUGGCUGAGAAGGGAGUAAAGGCAAAAGUAUUAACUGGUGAUUCACUGUCUCUAGCAAUAAAAAUUUGCCAUGAAGUUGGCAUCAGAACCACACAUGUAUCAACAGGACCAGACCUAGAGCAACUCAACCAGGAUGUCUUUCAUGAAACAGUGAAAAAGGCCACAGUUCUGGCUCGGCUUACCCCUUCUCAGAAACUGAGAGUAGUACAGUCCUUGCAAACAGUUGGUAAUCAUGUUGUUGGGUUCUUGGGUGAUGGAAUAAAUGACUCACUCGCAUUAGAUGCUGCUAAUAUAGGUAUAUCAGUUGAUUCAGCCGCAUCAGUUGCAAAAGACUUGGCUGAUAUCAUUUUACUCGAGAAAGACUUAAACGUGCUUGUUGCUGGAGUUGAGCAGGGUCGUUUUACAUUCGGCAACACAAUGAAAUACAUAAAACUGUCAGUUAUUGCUAAUCUAGGGAGCGUUGUUUCACUCUUCAUCGCAACUGUCUUCCUCAGAUUUGAGCCAUUGACUCCAAAGCAACUCCUUGUACAGAACUUCUUGUAUAGUGUGGGCCAGAUUGCAAUUCCAUGGGACAAGAUGGAAGAAGAUUAUGUCAAAAUCCCUCAAAAAUGGUCUGUGAAAGGUUUGCCGAUGUUCAUAUUAUGGAAUGGCCCUGUCUGCACUCUCUGUGAUAUAGCCACUAUUUUGUUCCUUUGGUUUUACUACAGUUCUGAUGGCAAGUUAAGUGAAACUUUCUUCCGUUCUGCUUAUUUUGUUGAGGGGCUUCUCAUGCAGACCCUGAUUUACCACUUGAUCCGGACAGAAAAAAUUCCCUUCAUUAUGGAGAUCGCCUCUUGGCCUGUAAUUGGUUCAACAGUCCUGAUUUCUGCUGUUGGUAUUGCAAUACCAUUCUCAAUAAUUGGAGAUUUCAUGGGAUUCACUGACUUGCCACUCUCAUAUUUCGGGUUUUUGGUUGUGCUUUUCAUAGGCUAUUUUACAGUUGGUCAAGUUGUCAAGAGACUAUACAUUUUGGUCUACAAAAAAUGGCUUUAGAUAUC